AUGGGUGGCUACCGUAUAUUGGGCAACGUCUGGGAUGGCUGGUGGCGGGGGCCAGCGGUCUGCUCAGUUCACAAGGUCAUAGGCUUUGGCACUGAGGCCAGGCGUCAGCUGCAACCUCGAGGCUCCAGCAAACGAUCAGGGUCCCUGGGAAACCAGCCCUUCCCAGGGCUGCUGCAGCCAGAGAACCUCAGUCGGGAGGAGCUGGUGGAUGUGCUGAGGGCAUCUGUGGUGGAUCAGAAAGGACCACUGGUGACGUUGAACAAACCACAGGGUCUUCCAGUGACAGGAAAACCAGGAGAACUGACAUUGCUUUCAGUGCUGCCAGAGCUGAGCCAGUCCCUGGGGCUUGGGGAGCAGGAGCUCCAGAUUGUCCGAGCAGCUGGAAAGGAGACCUCUGGGGUUGUACUCCUCUCCAGUUGUCCCCAGACAGCAAGCCGCCUCCAGAAUUUCUUCGCCCACUCACAAAGAGCCCAGAGACCCACAGCCACCUACUGGGCUGUCACUGAUGGCAUCCCAGCUACUUCUGAGGGGAAGAUCCAAGCAGCUCUGAAACUGGAACAUGUUGAUGGUGUUGGUCUUGUAGUUCCAGUGAAGUCUCCAUCCCGAAAGGACAUCCUAAAAGGUGUCAAGAGGACCCUAAGCCACUUUCGUGUGGUGGCCAUGGGCUCCGGUUGUGCCCUGGUCCAGCUGCAACCACUAACAGUGUUCCCCAGUCAGCUACAGGUACACAUGGUGCUCCAGCUCUGCCCUGUGCUCGGGGACCACAGGUAUUCUGCCCGCGUGGGCACUGUCCUGGGUCAGCGCUUUCUGCUGCCAGCUGAGAACACCAAACCCCAAAAACAGGUCUUGGAUGAAGCCCUCCUCAGACGCCUUCACCUGACGCCUUCCCAGGCUGGCCAGCUGCCCUUGCACCUCCACCUGCGUUGUCUCCACCUCCCAGGCACCAGGCCCAGGGACACCCCCAUAGAGCUUUUGGCACCCUUGCCCCCUUAUUUCUCUAGGACGCUACAGUGCCUGGGGCUCCGCCAACAAUAGUCCUCCUUCUAUUCCUCUUGGAAAGUGGUGGGAGUCGAAGGACUGCAGGCCCAAGGAGAAUGAGUUCAGGGUGCAACAUGCAGUAAGGUCAUGGUUUAAGACCCUGGGCUCUGCAAUUGGACUAACCUAAGAUCAAAUCCUGGCUAGGCACUUGCCAUGUGGUGUUGGACAAAUAACUUCACCUCUCUGGACUUGAGAUAAUAAAUGUACAUAACUCAUAGUAUUGUUUUUGAGGAUUUGCUGACAAAGUAAAUGUUUAUCAUGGAUCAUGCUUUCUGUUGAGUUCAA